AUGGUCAUUCAGAUAAACUCACUCCCUUGGGAAGUGUCGUUGCAUGCUUCCCAGUUUGCCCAGGACCUUCAAGAAGCUCGUACCCCAUCCCCCCAUUCCUCUUUCCCAUUCUUUGGGACCCCUACCGAUCAACUUCAAUUCGUCGAAGGACAACUUGCAAGUGUCGCCACCGGAGGCUUAGAAAGACCUGCCGAGGAAGAGCUCUUUAGAGAGUACAUUGGAUUAGCAGAGACUCUUAGGGAGUCUAUCAGGCUUGGAGAACAGGAUUCGAAUGUAGCGGAAGAAGUACAGGCAAGCGAGUUGCCUAUCCCUUCAUCACCUUGCCAACCUAUUCCAACCCAGUGGUUUUUGCAACAAAUUACAGAUUCCCCGGAUCUAGCUGAGAUCUCGAGGGCACAAUUCGAAGACGAAGAACUUUGGCGUCGAGUAGGAGGACCUGAAGCAGAGUUUAUACUCACUGCAGUCCAGCACGACCUGAUAAGCAGAGUAGUCGAGCGAGCUCAAACAGAAGAAUUGGGCGGCGACCCGAAUGACUUCGACCUGAGUGUCGCACCACAUCAUCACCCUCAUGAGGACAAGUUAAGGAGAGAACCUGCUCUACCUUACUUGCCGGCACCACCAGCAUAUAUCCCAGCGCCCCCCACGUACAAGGACAACCGUCUUUGCCCCGAUUUCUUGGGCCUUGCUGAAGGCAUCAAAGAAACAAGGCAAGAGGAAGAGCCUCUCAAGUAUAUGGAGCCCACAGGAGAAAUAGCGGAGGACCCAAUAACCUCCAGCACAGUCAUCAGCAGUGAGAGCAGUAUAAGCGACUCAAUCUCAGAAGGAGACCAUUGA